GAACAGCAAAGGAGAAAAGAUAUCCCUCUACAAAUAAAUCCCCGUCAGCAGCUCGGUUUUUGUUCACACAGGCGUCACCAUUUCUUGGCGUUUUAAAUCGAUGACCUGAGCAUUGCCGAGGGAGACGGAAAAGCAGCAACAACGACGAAAAAAGCGCAAGCAGGCGAGAUAUAAGUACAGCGAGGCCAAGCAUCGCCUUUUCGAUUUUUACUUCCGUUUUUGAUCCACAAUUGGUACCCAUACCGAUAUAUUGCUGUAUUUGCUCCCGUACGCGUCCGCAUCUACGAUGAUGAUGAGCGGUUCAGAUUCUUUUGCUGCACAUUCCUUUCGGGAUGUCACGCACCACGUAGUCUGCUCCGCUGUCAUCGCCGUGCCCGUGGCGGUGGUGGUGCAUACCCUCCACAACAUUGAGAGCAUCAAGCGCUACGGCGUCGAUAGCCGCGUCAUCGACUGUUGCGUGAUGGAGAACUUGGUGCCGCCGGAUGAGGUCGGUGCGGUGCGGCGCUGCACGCUGCACCUGCCGCCGUACACAGGGAAGCUGGUGCGCGAGAAGCUGACGCACUACGUGGAGCACCGCCACGAGGGCGCCGACGACGCGCAGAGCAGCGACGCGGGUGAGCUGCGGUGUGUGGAGAUGUCACUGGAGUACGUGCGGUGCGAAGAAAAGGAGCGGCGUCGCUCUCCGUUUGAGCCGUCUGUCGAUGACGCAGUGCGGGCGACACGCACACUCAUUCGUAUUUCUAACGUGACCCGCACCCCACACCGCUGCUUUGUGGAGAUGGACGCGGAGUGUGUGUUGCGCGUGCACCAGGGCCGACACGUCUCUGUCGAAGAAAAACUGCAAGACAAAGCGUGCCAACACGCGGUGACACAAUUCUGGCACCUGUACCUCGAUGCGCAGCUUUAUGCGUUGGAGAAGCAGGUCUGCAAGGAGGCGUUUCCAGAGGUGGAAUCGCGUGUGGAUACGGAGUACCGCGCAGCCUUCACGACGCACGAGGAGGUGCUGUGCGACUGGGCGGUGGACAGCAGCGACACCAUGCGGCGACACGUCGCCAUCGAUGAACUGGAGAGCGUGUUGGUGUGGUGGGCUCGCGCGUUGGAGGCGUAUAGGCAGCAGAAAAUGCUGACGGAGAUCGCCGAGGCACGCGUUGAAAGGACAGGGCCCUCGGCGCUCGCGUUGGCACACCCGCUGCCGCCUCGCUUCACCGAUGCGGAAAAGUCGUCUGGUUCGUCACGGCGUGCCUCGGAGAGCAGCGUCAAGAGUGGGGGGGAGACAGACGUCAAUAACCCCCCCGAGUCCGCUGCCAUCUCGCAGCCUGUGUUGGACGCGAUGUUGCCCGCCUUUCUGCCAACGCGCACCUUCGCCCAGACGCCGCUGUCGCCAAGCGCCUUUGGCCGCUCCAACUCUCACCGGCCGUCCAUCACCGUCUCCGACGUGAGCCGGCAGUCGACGCUGCUCCCUCCCGAUCGCCGGCACACCGCCAUGCCGAAGAAGAGUCUGGUGUCGGGCUUGUCGCUCUCGAAGGCCGGUCCGUCGACGAAGAUGCUCCCUUCUGUCUCCUCCUUCUCCCCCUCGCCGAACAAGAUGGCGGGGGCGAAUUCGAGUGCUACUGCGCACAGUGGGCGACGCAAGCCGACGGCGGCGCAGCCGCCACACCUGCUUCAGCACGUGCAGCGCCGCGCCUCUAAUGUGAAUAACUCUUCCGCCUCCACCUCACGGCAAGAUGCGGCGAGCACGACGCCGGCACUCGACAAAAACGGUGGAGCCACGGGCUUUUUCUUCAGCCAAUUCUUCACCACGCCUGUCUACACCUCCUCCAAAGUUGCCACCACCACCGCCGCAGGAACUUCGUCCGGUGGGGCACCGACGCAGCGGUCGUUGGCGAUGAAUGCGGUGGGGGCUGCCGCUUCUUCUGCCCCGCCGUCGCUGGAGCUGCGCGCACCUUCCCCCGACCCCACCCCCGCCCUCGCAGCAAGCGCCGCUACACAGGCCUCGUCCCCGCACACCACCGCCGUGGCAGCGCCGCCGGAGGCCGUCGAUCCGUUCCACCCAGACAUGGCGCGCCAUCUGUUUUCGCUCACGGGCGUGCUGCAGGAGGACAUGGCGCGACGCGUCUUUUUGUCCCUGAGCACGCAGGACAACGCCUCCAACCCUCACCUCUCGGCAGAUGGACUGAAGAGUGUCCUGCGCUACUUGGACCGAUGUGGGCUGCACGAGGGCGGCGCGCUGAAUCGCGCUGACGCCGCCGCGUGCGACGAGGCGUACCGCGCAGAGGUGCAGCGAUGCUACUACGAACAAAACAUUGUCGCCGCCCCCUCCGCCAAGGCGCGGAAAGCGACGGCGCACAAGUUGAGUUCGAGCGGCCGCAACAGCAGUGGCGGCGCUGCCCCCUCCGAGGCGCCCUCCACGCUCAGUGUCCUUGCGGCACGCAGAGAGGCCACGCGUCGGGAAGGCGAUGAGGUGGCGCUGGACAGGCUUGUCCAAUACGUCCUGUCUCGCUUUGCGUUUCAAAGAAAGCGCGAGCUCAACUACGACGAGUUUCAGCUGGCGUUGCUGUAUCUGUGGAACAACUAG